UGUGCGAAAAAUUAAUGGAACGCGUUAUCUGUCAAUCACAUGUCGAUUUGUUUUCUUUUAAUUUCGAGAAAAAUACCGCAAGAAAAGUGAAUUGCUACUGAAUUUUCUGGAAAAAUAACAAUUUACUUAAGUUUUGUUGUUUUAAAAAUAACUAUGUUGACCUCCAAGCUAGAAGUCCUAGUAGACUUUGGUCCUACAGUAGACGAUGCCAUCCUCAAUAAGACCCUCAAUGAGCUCAAAUCACAAGAUGGAGUGAAGGAAGCAGUCUUCAAAGACGGAGCUAUACUUGUGGAGACUAGUCUACCAAGUACAGAUGUGCUUGAUAUGGUGAAGAAGACCUCGGGGAAGAGAGCUGUGUUGCAGGGGUUUGGAGAAACACAAUCAGCCGUAGCCAUGGUCUCCUCCCAGUCCUGCUGCGGCAGUCAAGUGCUAGGAGUGAUUCGGUUCCAGCAGGCGGCAGCAGGGCCGCUGCUAGCUGACGGCAGUAUCGAUGGGCUGGCUACAGGCCCGCACGCCCUGCAUGUGCAUAGCAGCGGUGAUCUCACGCAGGGCUGCGAUUCACUAGGAGAACACUACAACCCUACCGGAGCCCCGCAUGGUGGUCCAAAUGAUCCCAGCGACCGUCGCCACGCUGGAGACCUCGGUAACAUAGUCGCUGAUGAAACUGGGAGAGCUACGUUCAGGAUUAUUGAUGAAGUUUUGAAGGUGUCAGACAUAAUAGGUCGUUCAGUAGCCGUCACAGAAAGGAGAGAUGACCUCGGCCGCGGCAGUUCUCCCACAUCUAAGAUAGACGGCGAUAGUGGGAAACCGGUUGCAUGCGGCAUAAUAGCACGUUCAGCGGGCAUUUUCCAAAAUCCCAAACGCAUAUGCGCGUGCGACGGUGUAGUAGUAUGGGACGAGAAGGAUCGCCCUCUAGCGGGGAAAGGGAGAAGAACUGAAGAAAAAACGGAGAAGAAAUGUUGUAGUAAUCAUUAGUUAUAUGGAGAAUGUAAAAUUUUUGUUGUAAAGCUUGUAUAGACAUACAAUUUUUCAAUCGAAAAUUGUUAAGAGAAGUUGAUGUCAUUGAAAAGGUGUGUUUCGGAAGGCACGUUAAAUUGGUGGGUCCCGGCUGUGAUUUGAACAUCUUUUUGGCAGUCGUUUUUAUAUUAUGCAUGUCCAUUUUGUAUAUUUUAUUAAUUUAUAUAAAUUCCAAAUAAGUACAAUUCAUACAAUGUUGUAUGUACUAUGUAGAGAUGCACAUAAAAUAAAAGUUUUUAAAUAAAAUUAUGUUAUAUUUUUUAAUAAAUACAAGUAGGAUUUAAAAAAAUAUAUUUUUUCUAUACUCCAUUUGAAUAGGCACUCAAAAAAAGAAAUACUUAUAUGAAGUUUAGUUUUAAAACUCAGUUUGAAAAAAUAUAAUAAGGCUAAAAAUCAAUGUAAUUGAGAUAUUAUUUUAAACUGUACAUAGUUUAUCUGUUUAGAACGUAUUUGUGUAAAAAGUCCUAUCAAGAUUGUUUACCUUUAGUUAACAAAUGGAGUAGUGUUAAAACAAGCUCUACUUUUUAUGUAGGAUAAAGCAUUUUAUGUAUGGGGUAAAUUAGUUUUUAACCGACUUCCCAAAAGGAAGUUUCAAUUCGCAUGUUUGUAUUUUUUGUCUAUUUAUUUAAUAAAUUGUUUUUUUUUUUUUUAU